AUGGGCACUGUUCAAGAAGCUAUUCACCAUGGCAUGAUUGCCGCUGAUUUUCUUUGGACCACUAAACGAGUUGUCCACGCUAUCGAGCUGUGGAACGAGUGCUUAACACUACUAAACAACAAAAUCUUAGAAAAUGAACAUGAACUUGCCACAAUAGUGCGUAUAGCGUUGAACAAGAGGCUGUUUUAUGGAAAUGCUGCUAUUACGAAACUUUCACCAGCUAUAGAAUCUGGCAAAAAGCUUUUAGUCCUACUUCGUAAUCUUAGGAGAAAAAAAAAGAAGGUUAACACAGCCUUGAUGUUAUCAAAACUGUACUUCCAAAAAAGUGAAUACCAGGAAGCACAAGCAGUCCUCAAAAUUGCACUCUGCGUUUACAAAGAAAUCGAAGACAAAGACGGAGAGGCGUCAUGCUACGUAAACCUAGGAGCUGUGUUUCUUUCUGUCGGAGAAUAUGCCAAAGCUGAAGAAUAUCUUCAUAAAGCACUUACCAUCAACACAGAAAUUGGCGACAGAAACGGAGAAGCGACAUGCUACGGAAACCUAGGAAAUGUGUUUCAAUCUGUCGGAGAAUAUGCCAAGGCUGAAGAAUACCUUCAUAAAGCACUUACCAUCAACACGGAAAUUGGCGACAGAAACGGAGAAGCGACAUGCUACGGAAGCCUAGGAAAUGUGUUUGAAUCUGUCGGAGAAUAUGCCAAGGCUGAAGAAUAUCUUCAUAAAGCACUUACCAUCAAGACAGAAAUUGGCGACAGAAACGGAGAAGCGGAAUGCUACGGAAACCUAGGAAAUGUGUUUCAAUCUGUCGGAGAAUAUGGCAAGGCUGAAGAAUAUCUUCAUAAAGCACUUACCAUCAAGACAGAAAUUGGCGACAGAAAGGGAGAAGCCACAUGCGACGGAAACCUAGGAAAUGUGUUUCAAUCUGUCGGAGAAUAUGCCAAGGCUGAAGAAUAUCUUCAUAAAGCACUUACCAUCAAGACAGAAAUUGGCGACAGAAACGGAGAAGCGACAUGCUACAGAAACCUAGAAAAUGUGUUUCAAUCUGUCGGAGAAUAUGCCAAGGCUAAAGAAUAUCUUCAUAAAGCACUUACCAUCAAGACAGAAAUUGGCGACAGAAAGGGAGAAGCCACAUGCUACGGAAACCUAGGAAAUGUGUUUCAAUCUGUCGGAGAAUAUGGCAAGGCUGAAGAAUAUCUUCAUAAAGCAGUUACCAUCAAGACAGAAAUUGGCGACCGAAAGGGAGAAGCGACAUGCUACGGAAACCUAGGAGCUGUGUUUCAAUCUGUCGGAGAAUAUGCCAAGGCUGAAGAAUAUCUUCAUAAAGCACUUACCAUCAAGACAGAAAUUGGCGACAGAAACGGAGAAGGCACAUGCUACGGAAACCUAGGAAAUGUGUUUCAAUCUGUCGGAGAAUAUGCCAAGGCUGAAGAAUAUCUUCAUAAAGCACUUACCAUCAAGACAGAAAUUGGCGACAGAAACGGAGAAGCGACAUGCUACGGAAACCUAGGAGCUGUGUUUCAAUCUGUCGGAGAAUAUGGCAAGGCUGAAGAAUAUCUUCAUAAAGCACUUACCAUCAACACAGAAAUUGGCGACAGAAAGGGAGAAGCGAAAUGCUACGGAAACCUAGGAAAUGUGUUUCAAUCUGUCGGAGAAUAUGGCAAGGCUGAAGAAUAUCUUCAUAAAGCACUUACCAUCAAGACAGAAAUUGGCGACAGAAAGGGAGAAGCCACAUGCUACGGAAACCUAGGAAAUGUGUUUCAAUCUGUCGGAGAAUAUGCCAAGGCUGAAGAAUAUCUUCAUAAAGCACUUACCAUCAAGACAGAAAUUGGCGACAGAAACGGAGAAGCGACAUGCUACAGAAACCUAGGAAAUGUGUUUCAAUCUGUCGGAGAAUAUGCCAAGGCUGAAGAAUAUCUUCAUAAAGCACUUACCAUCAAGACAGAAAUUGGCGACAGAAAGGGAGAAGCCACAUGCUACGGAAACCUAGCAAAUGUGUUUCAAUCUGUCGGAGAAUAUGCCAAGGCUGAAGAAUAUCUUCAUAAAGCACUUACCAUCAAGACAGAAAUUGGCGACAGAAACGGAGAAGCGACAUGCUACAGAAACCUAGGAAAUGUGUUUCAAUCUGUCGGAGAAUAUGCCAAGGCUGAAGAAUAUCUUCAUAAAGCACUUACCAUCAAGACAGAAAUUGGCGACAGAAAGGGAGAAGCCACAUGCUACGGAAACCUAGCAAAUGUGUUUCAAUCUGUCGGAGAAUAUGGCAAGGCCGAAGAAUAUCUUCAUAAAGCAGUUACCAUCAACACAGAAAUUGGCGACAGAAAGGGAGAAGCGACAUGCUACGGAAACCUAGGAGCUGUGUUUCAAUCUGUCGGAGAAUAUGGCAAGGCUGAAGAAUAUCUUCAUAAAGCACUUACCAUCAAGACAGAAAUUGGCGACAGAAACGGAGAAGCCACAUGCUACGGAAACCUAGGAAAUGUGUUUCAAUCUGUCGGAGAAUAUGCCAAGGCUGAAGAAUAUCUUCAUAAAGCACUUACCAUCAGCACAGAAAUUGCCGACAGAAACGGAGAAGCGACAUGCUACAGAAACCUAGGAAAUGUGUUUCAAUCUGUCGGAGAAUAUGCCAAGGCUGAAGAAUAUCUUCAUAAAGCACUUACCAUCAGCACAGAAAUUGGCGACAGAAACGGAGAAGCGACAUGCUACAGAAACCUAGGAAAUGUGUUUCAAUCUGUCGGAGAAUAUGCCAAGGCUGAAGAAUAUCUUCAUAAAGCACUUACCAUCAACACAGAAAUUGGCGACAGAAAGGGAGAAGCGACAUGCUACGGAAACCUAGGAAAUGUGUUUCAAUCUGUCGGAGAAUAUGCCAAGGCUGAAGAAUAUCUUCAUAAAGCACUUACCAUCAAGACAGAAAUUGGCGACAGAAACGGAGAAGCGACAUGCUACGGAAACCUAGGAAAUGUGUUUCAAUCUGUCGGAGAAUAUGGCAAGGCUGAAGAAUAUCUUCAUAAAGCACUUACCAUCAAGACAGAAAUUGGCGACAGAAAGGGAGAAGCGACAUGCUACGGAAACCUAGGAAAUGUGUUUCAAUCUGUCGGAGAAUAUGGCAAGGCUGAAGAAUAUCUUCAUAAAGCACUUACCAUCAACACAGAAAUUGGCGACAGAAACGGAGAAGCGACAUGCUACGGAAACCUAGGAAAUGUGUUUUCAAUCUGUCGGGAGGCUGUAUUUCAUAAAACUCUACCAUCAACGGAGAAUAUGGCGAAGGCUGAAGAAUGCUACGGAAAUCUGUGUUUCAAUCUGUCGGAGAAUAUGGCAAAAGAAUAUCUUCAUAAAGCACUUACCAUCAAGACAGAAAUUGGCGACAGAAAGGGAGAAGCGACAUGCUACAGAAACCUAGGAAAUGUGUUUCAAUCUGUCGGAGAAUAUGCCAAUGCUGAAGAUUAUCUUCAUAAAGCACUUACCAUCAACACAGAAAUUGGCGACAGAAACGGAGAAGCGACAUGCUAUGGAAACCUAGGAAAUGUAUUUCAAUCUGUCGGAGAAUAUGCCAAGGCUGAAGAAUAUCUUCAUAAAGCACUUACCAUCAAGACAGAAAUUGGCGACAGAAACGGAGAAGCGACAUGCUACGGAAACCUAGGAAAUGUGCUUCAAUCUGUCGCAGAAUAUGCCAAGGCUGAAGAAUAUCUUCAUAAAGCAGUUACCAUCAACACAAAAAUUGGCGACAGAAACGGAGAAGCGACAUGCUACGGAAGCCUAGGAGCUGUGUUUGCAAAUGUAGGAGAAUAUGGCAAGGCUGAAGAAUAUCUUCAUAAAGCACUUACCAUCAACACACAAAUUGGCGAGAGAAACGGAGAAGCGGCAUGCUACGGAAGCCUAGGAAAUGUGUUUCAAUCUGUCGGAGAAUAUGCCAAGGCUGAAGAAUAUCUUCAUAAAGCACUUACCAUCAACACAGAAAUUGGCGACAGAAACGGAGAAGCGACAUGCUACGGAAACCUAGGAAAGGUGUUUCAAUCUGUCGGAGAAUAUGGCAAGGCCGAAGAAUAUCUUCAUAAAGCACUUACCAUCAACACAGAAAUUGGCGACAGAGUGGGAGAAGCGUCAUGCUACGUAAACCUAGGAAAUGUGUUUCAAUCUGUCGGAGAAUAUGCCAAGGCUGCAGAAUAUCUUCAUAAAGCACUUACCAUCAACACAGAAAUUGGCGACAGAAACGGAGAAGCGACAUGCUACGUAAACCUAGGAAAUGUGUUUCAAUCUGUCGGAGAAUAUGCCAAGGCUGAAGAAUAUCUUCAUAAAGCACUUACCAUCAACACAGAAAUUGGCGACAGAAAGGGAGAAGCGACAUGCUACGUAAACCUAGGAAAUGUGUUUCAAUCUGUCGGAGAAUAUGCCAAGGCUGAAGAAUAUCUUCAUAAAGCACUUACCAUCAACACAGAAAUUGGCAACAGAAAGGAAGAGGCGACAUGCUACGGAAACCUAGGAAAGGUGUUUCAAUCUGUCGGGGAAUAUGGCAAGGUCGAAGAAUAUCUUCAUAAAGCACUUACCAUCAAGACAGAAAUUGGCGACAGAAACGGAGAAGCGACAUGCUACGGAAACCUAGGAGCUCUGUUUGUAGAUGUAGGAGAAUAUGCCAAGGUUGAAGAAUAUCUUCAUAAAGCACUUACCAUCAGCACAGAAAUUGGCGACAGAGUGGGAGAAGCGUCAUGCUACGUAAACCUAGGAAAUGUGUUUCAAUCUGUCGGAGAAUAUGCCAAGGCUGAAGAAUAUCUUCAUAAAGCACUUACCAUCAAGACAGAAAUUGGCGACAGAAACGGAGAAGCGACAUGCUACGGAAACCUAGGAGCUCUGUUUGUACAUGUAAGAGUAUAUGGCAAGGCUGAAGAAAAUCUUCAUACAGCACUUACCACCAACACAGAAAUUGGCGACAAAGACGGAGAAGCGUCUCGCUACCUAAAGCUAGGAAACACAUCUCAAGCCUUAUCGGAUCUCUCGUCAAGCAUUCAAAUUUACGAAAAAAUGCUUACUUCUCUAGGAAGCAAAGAUAGCCACAAUAUAUCAUUUUUUGACAAGAACGCGUCUCCCUAUCGGCUGUUUUGUUCAUUGAGUUGUUCUUGUGGGAAACCCUAUGAAGCUUUACACGCUGCUGAACUUGGACGGGCCAGAGCUCUAGCAGAACUUAUGUCAAAUCGCUACUCCAUUGAAAAAGAAAUAUCCAUUAACCCACAAUCGUUUGUUGGCAUCGCGGAAGUAAUUAAGAAAAAUGGCAACAGCACCUGCCUCUACAUCUCCUAUGACUACGAUGACAAUAUAUUUUUGUGGGUUUUGAAACAAAACAAACCGGUAGUCUUCCGAAGAACGAAACUUUGUGAAAGCUAUGUUAGCAAGCAUGGCAAAAUCUCUGUGUAUGACCUGUUUGGAAACGAAAGCUUAUUAAGAAAAUUUCACGUUUUACCUCAAGAGCAAUGCGAAGACCGAUCACUCUUCUCUUCAUUCGCCAACCAACUUACAAACGAAUCAAAGCUGGAAGAUAGUCUCUCAACCUUGCGUCCUCUUUUAGAUGAGGCAGAAGUAUACACGGACCCUGAACCGCCAACACUUUUUCAGGUUUACAACAUGUUGAUUGCUCCCGUGAGUGACUUGCUAGAAGGAUCUGAAAUCAUUGUUGUUCCUGAUCGCUGCUUCUUCCAAGUUCCGUUUGCAGCAUUACACGAUGAAAGUAGCCGCUAUUUAUCAGAUUCUUUCAGGAUACGAAUUGUCCCUUCUUUGACGACUCUCAAGCUCAUUCUGGACAGUCCAGCCGACUCUCACAGCGAAACUGGUGCAUUGAUUGUGGGUGAGCCAAGAGUGACGGAUGUGUAUUUCAAGGGAGUGUUAAGGUAUCUCUGUCCAUUGCCUGGCGCGAAAGGGGAAGCAGAGAUGAUUGCGAGACUACUACCUGAAUCUCACCUUUUAAUAGGAGAGCAAGCAACAAAACAGGCGGUUCUUCAGAGAAUACCCUCAGUGAGCCUCGUACAUUUCGCUGCUCAUGGUGAUGCCGAAAGAGGAGAAAUUGCUCUUACCCCCGCUGACUCCACAGUGGAGUUUCCACACGAAGCAGACUACUUACUGUCAAUGACCGACAUUUCACAAGUUAGACUUUCAGCCAAACUGGUGAUCCUUAGUUGUUGCCACACCGCACGUGGACAGAUCAGAACAGAAGGCGUUGUUGGAAUCGCUCGAGCAUUCUUAGGAUCGGGUGCACGCUCAGUGUUGGUGGCAUUGUGGGCCUUAGAAGACAGAGCAACAGAGGAGUUCAUGGGAAGAUUCUACGAAAACCUUGUCCAAGGGAAAAGUGCAAGCGUAAGUCUUCACCGGGCCAUGAAGUGGAUGCGAAAUAACGGUUUCUCAGAAGUGAGGCAGUGGGCACCUUUCAUGCUGAUUGGGGAUGACGUGUCAUUUCACUUUGGUGAAGAAAAGUGA